GUCAAAUAUGACUUUCCUCGUUGCACAAACUGAUCAUGAAUUGGAGAACAAAAAGGCAAAUUCUGAUGGUAUAUUUGUUGUCCCUGGCAAUAAUGCAUUUGGCAACUCAUUCAGGGACUAUAAUGCAGAGGUUGAACGUCAAAAGAUUGUCCGUGAACUCUAUCGCCAGAGUCACAUUAACCAAACAUAUGAUUUUGUGAAAAAGAUGAGGGAAGAAUAUGGUAAAAUGAAUAAAGUGGAGAUGAGUAUAUGGGAAUGUUGUGAACUUUUGAAUGAAGUUGUAGAUGAUAGUGAUCCUGAUUUGGAUGAACCACAAAUUGAGCAUUUGUUGCAAACUGCUGAAGCUAUUAGAAAGGAUUAUCCUAAUGAAGAUUGGUUACACUUAACUGGCCUAAUUCAUGAUCUAGGCAAAGUUCUUUUGCUUCCUAGCUUUGGAGGGCUUCCUCAAUGGGCUGUUGUUGGUGACACAUUCCCCCUUGGUUGUGCUUUUGAUGAAUCGAUUGUGCUUCAUGAGCAAUUAAAGGGAAAUCCUGAUAACAACAAUCCAACUUACAACACAAAAUAUGGAGUUUAUUCUGAAGGAUGUGGGCUUAAUAAUGUGGUGAUGUCUUGGGGCCAUGAUGACUAUAUGUACUUGGUGGCUAAGGCAAAUAAAACUACUCUUCCAUCUGCUGCAUUGUUCAUCAUCCGAUAUCAUUCCUUCUAUCCUCUGCAUAAGUCAGGGGCAUAUACUCACUUGAUGAAUGAGGAGGAUCAUGAAAACCUGAAAUGGCUUCAAAUCUUCAGCAAAUAUGAUCUGUAUAGCAAGAGCAAUGUUAGGAUUGAUGUGGAGAAAGUGAAACCUUACUACAUGUCUCUCAUUGAGAAGUAUUUCCCAGCCAAGUUGAAGUGGUGAAAUCUCCCAGACAGGGAAGCUCUGAAACAAGAUGCUUGUGUAUACAAACAAAAAAAAGAUUCAGGAACUAGUUAUGGGAUUUUAUUUCUGCAUUUUUUUUCCUUGUUCUUGGGGGUGGGGUGGGGUAGGGUAGGGUAUGGUGUUCCUAAUGUUUCAUAAAUAAAAGUGUGUUUGUU